AUGGCUGCUGAUCUCAUAAGUCCUAGUGAUCCUGAAUUCAAGAGAGUUCCGAAGAAAAUUAAAGAUGGUAAUCGAUAUUGGCCAUACUUUAAAAAUUGCAUCGGGGCAAUUGAUGGAACACAUGUACCAGUUGUUGUGCCUAGAGAAAGGCAAGUACCUUAUAUUGGCAGAAAAGGCAUCACUACCCAAAAUAUCAUGGUUGUAUGUGAAUUUAAUAUGUGCUUUACAUUUGCUUGGGCUGCAUGGGAGGGUUCUGCUCACGAUGCACGUAUAUUCAUGGAUGCCUUAAGAAUUCCAACACUGAAAUUUCCACGUCCACCUACUGAGUUCCAACCAUAUGAUGAUGAUGAAGAGUUACUUCCCCAAACAGAUGAUGGAAGGACUAGUACGGAAGAGACUAUUGUACAAGAAAAUGUAACUCGUGCACGAGAGAUGGAUGACAAACGCGAGAGAAUUGCAAAUCUUCUUUGUCUACUUGAUAUUUGUGUCAAGUAA